ACGCGUGAAGUAGUUUAAAGAUUCUUAUAACUCAAUGCUACCCUACUUAAUUUUCUUUCUACUGAUAGAACAUUUCGAAGGUAUUGAAGCACAUUCAUUGGGAAGCCAAGAAUUAGAACGCUCUAUAAGAUCCGCGGAUUGUUCAAUUUAUGGCUUGAAAAUGACGACUUGCGAUUUACAGGUGUCCCGCUUUGGUAAUGAAAGAUUCAUGGCUAAAUACGAAAAAACUUGUAAUCUAAAGGAUGUGAAUUUCUAUUUCCAUUUUGGGAAAGAGGGAAAAUAUGCUUUUUCUUUGUCAUCUAAAAAGCCUGUUACCAAUUUAUCUUCCAUGAAGAAGAGACUCGAGGCUAACAAAAAAGUUUUUCAACCAGGAACUCACUUCAUCUACGUCGCAAUGAAAGCCAAGAGCUUGAAGAAUGAUGAAAUGAGUACAUCUAGCGAUAAGUGUAAAUUCUACAUAAGACAUGAAAAUGCAACAGCAAAUCUAGGAAGAUUGAACAGAAACGUAAGAGUUGGACAGAAAUUUUUCUUUGACGGAUCUAGAUGUUUGAAUAAUGACUUAGAAGACAGGAACAUAGACUUGGAGUUUAGAUGGAAGUGUACUAGUUCGAAUAGUUACUGUGAAGAUUUUGCACUCCCAGGAAACUAUAGGGUGAAAGUGCCAAGGGAAUAUGCGACCCAAGGGGCACGUUUCAAUAUCACUGUGGAAGUAAGAUCAUUGCCAACCUCUUGGCAGUCCGCUAAGCAGUUCAUAUUGGUGGAUGACACUAGACCUUUUGCAGUGAACUGCGUCCAAUUUUGUGGAAAAUAUCCCAACACGCUGGAUCCGAAUGAGGAAGGUGUUAUCUUAGCGGAAUGCCAAUUUGGUUUUCCUUGUAACAAAUAUAAGAAAGAAGAAGUACGUGGUGCUCUAUUUGAUGAUAAAGGAAUGUUGCUUGCUACCUUUAACAAUUUCGCAGAACCGUAUGGCUUAACUAUGAAAUUGGAGCCAGGAGCGAAAUACCUGGUCAAAGCUAUCUAUGGUGAUAUCAAAGAUGAAGUGUUUUUGGGCCAAACGUCCUUCACAGUACUGGGUGUUCCCAGAUUAGAAAAUUGUAAGGCUGUCCCCCCAAAAGGAACACCUCUAACCAAGUUUAAAGUUGUAUGUGAUUACGAUAAAGAGACCCGGAAGAAUUUCGAGAUACAAGUUAAGAGCGGUGAAACUGUUGUCUUCUCGGCCAGUGCAACGAAUCUGGAAGAUAUAGAAUUCUUAGUGUCUAGUAAGAAUGCAACAGUCUUCGCCAAAUUAGAAGAUAUUCACGAUGUUUAUUUUCAGCAACAGGUCCAGGUCAAAAUAGUACCAUUGAUAAAAGAUGUUAAGAAUAUGAGUUCGGCAGCAGAAAACUUGAAUAAUAUUUAUGAGGGUAGGACGAAUCAUACUGUAUCAGUAAGCGAUCUGAUCAAGAAAGGUGACCAUCAAGCCGCUGUUCAAAUAAUUGAUGUCGUUGCGCGAGAAAUGGCUAAACUCCACAUCAAGACCGAGGAAGAUAAAAAAAUUGUUAAAGAUGUGAAAAAGAAAAUGUUGGCUGAUCUGGCAGGAAUACACAUUGAAGACAUCGAUUUAUCGAAAUCUAUCAGUGGGGUACUGUCGAUGAUUGCACAAGAUAAAAGGGACCACGCAUCUGAUCCAGAUAUGGCCAAAAUGCUUUCUCAAACAUGCAGUACCGUGUCGAAACAGCAACUUUAUUUGGUAGAAAACGAUCAGUACGACUCGAUCAGUAAGAGAGAAAUUUCAGACAUAACGAACAACCUCAUGACUUGUAGCGAGGCCGAAAUACCUCCGUAUUAUGAAAUGUUCAACGAAACUGCUAUCGAAAUACAGAUUACUACUCCAUUCCCAAUAAAUCUGAAUCUAUCGGAGAAAACCUUUGAGGAUUACCCUCAAUAUGUUGCAGAUGAUCUGAUAGAAAUGAAAGUGAACGAUUUCUUGUCUUCUGCUGAGAAUAUCAUGGAAAUUUGUGAUGAUAUGGGUGCAGCUUUGAUACAUUCGUUCAAAACAGAUAUGGAUAAACCAUGGGUAGUCCUCAGAGACAGAAGCAUACUCUCGGUGAUUAAAACAACCGGAGCCAAAUUGGUGAAGGUCCUGUUCCAUCAACAUAAAGUUACUAUAAAUCCUACCCCCUUUCUGGAGAAAUUUCGCUCAACUUUGUCAAUGCGGGUGUGCAGCUACUGGAAAGAUCCUUUCUGGUCAGCAUCACAGGAUUACAAGAUACCCACGAAUGUUAUCGAAGUGAGUAUAAGAGAUGAGGCAGAGGAUAAGGAUAUAACGAAGUUUCAAGACCAGCCGAUGAACGUUACUUUUCAAGUGUUCGAACACUUAGUGAAGAAGAAAAUAUCCAGAGGCAUUGUUAGGCCGACAGACGAAACCUCGGAUUCACAAGAAGACGACUUUUCCAUUUUUAUGAUAAAAGUGAGGGCGGAGGAAUCGUUCUUUGUAGAUUUUCUGAAUGUAGGGGAGAGCGACAACUUCGAAGUUAUAAUCGUUAGUAUGGAAAGACCCCAACUGAGUCACUUCGACGACCCAUUACGUUUGAAUGCCGAAGACAAGAAAUUUUUCGUCGAACAUUCGCAGAAUACGGACGAAUGGUUUAUGCUAGCCAUCAGGCCAGAUGAAGAACAGGAGCCAUUAGAAGGUGAAGUAGUCCUGGAAUUUUCCGUAUACACACCGAAGUGCGUGUCUUGGGAUCCGAAUAAGAGGGAAUGGAAGUUUGCUUGUUCGAUAUACAUAACCACGACACAAGAAACCAUCAAUUGCCGCUGCACCCACCUGUCCAUUUUAGCUGGAGCUUUCGAGUAUAACGAACUCAAGGUACAUCCCAAGUUUUUACGUCUAGACUUCGAACUAGAGGAAGCAAGAAGUUACCACGUCAUCAUAGCAGUUUGUAUUGUUCUGGGAAUCUACUUCUUUCUGUUGGUGUAUGCGGUGCAGAAAAAUGAGACUAUUGAGGAUGCUGUGUAUCUCAUGUCUGAUGUACCUGCUGACAAUAGAUUCGCCUACCUGGUUAUCAUAAAGACAGGAGGAAGGAUCGACGCUGGAACUUCGUCAGACGUCGUUAUACAACUUUUUGGUACAGGAAAACGAUCACAGGAACAUGUGAUAAACUUUCCCGAUCCACUGAUGGAGUUGCUUCAACGCAAGCAAAAAGAUUAUUUCGUUUUGGCUUCGCCAGUUCAUCUUGGAAGAUUGAAUAGGCUGCAUCUCUGGUUUGAUUGCUCUGGAAGCUCACCGACAUGGUACUGCGAAUAUAUUCGCAUAUGCGACCUGCAGACGAAACAAUGGUACAUGUUUACGGUCAAAAAUUGGUUCAAAAUAGAAGGUGAACCGAAAGUCUUCAUUAGUGUUCCUGCUCUUAGCGAUAAAGAAAUUAAGUACCAGAAAAAAAAGUAUCAAUUGCUCAGAAGUUUGCUCAGCUUCGGAAGAUUCGACAAAACUAUGUGGCAUCUGUCGACGAGAUCAAACGAUCCGAAUUUCGGCUUUCCCAAACGUUUAACCCUAAUUCUCUCAGUUAUCAUCUCUUUGAUGAUGAUAACCAUGGUACUUUAUGGUAGACCCGAAUUCAAACCAAGAGAUACUAUAACGCCCAAUUGCUAUUUCAAAUUACGUCCAAGUAUUUGGUUCAAGGGCUUAUACAGUGCCCUGCUAACUUUUUUUCCACAUAUUGCUAUCAUGGAAGGAUUCAAAAACUCAAGAUUGCAGUUUCAGUCGAAAACUUCAAAAGAUUCGAAAGCACUUUCACCGGCUUCCAUGAUACUUUUAUGGUUCAUCUUGAUUUCCAACAUAGCCAUUCAAUUGCACGUACUUAUGAUAUUCGGCUACAAAAUGGUUAAACCGACAACACUGGAAUGGACAGUGUCAACUGGAUUCGGUUUAUUUCUAUGCGUUUUCGUCCUGGAUUACCUGUAUAAUUUUUUCCUCGUCCUUGUUGGGGGCGUUGCGAAACCUCUGAAAACGAACUACGAUAAAAUCAUCAGGAAUAUAGAGAAGCAACGGAAAAUUUUGUAUCAGUUUAUCGGACGAUACAUUUAUAGGCCCAUACUAACCCCCCUUUACGAGGUCAUGUCCAGAGCUGACUAUGCGAGAAAACUAAUUCACUUCAGACAAAGGAGAGAAAUGGUCUGGCAAGUAAAUGACUUCUUCAUGAUGAUAACGUUCAUUCUGCUGUUGUACGUCAUAAUAUUGGCAGAGAAGGAUACAGUUUACGAUGUCAGAGGCCACGAAGAAGCUCUGAAACUGAUAAACGGAGCGAAAAGCACUAAGCACAAACUGCAGAAUGUACAUCAUAUAAAAGAUUUCGAGUCUUUUAUGGAAAAAGGCCUGAUACCAGCCAUCCAAUCGUACCAAUGGUACGGAAGGUACAUUACCGAAAGUCCGGGUAUGACAACAGACGCCUGCAAUAAGUAUCUUGGCGUCAUUCGGCUUAGGCAGCACAGGGUGGAAGAGGAAUCUUGCAACGUUACGAUUCCGAUGAAAUUCCUCAACACCACCUGCAGGUCACCGGAUUAUUUCUUCCGCUAUGAUUUCCUCAACUACACCCCAGCCUGGAACAACACAAUUCCCGAGUUUCACAGGUCGAGGCUUGGCUAUGUUUGGGGGCAUCAGGCUGGAAUUGGACAAAUGUUUUUCGGUCUUGCUGGAUUUUAUGAUAGCGGAGGUUAUGUUGCUUAUCUCGGAAGAACGAUUGAGAAUUCCUAUGUGAAUUUCAACUAUCUCAAACGUUACAAUUGGUUGGACCCCCUCACAAGAGCUAUAAUAAUAGAAUUCUGCCUAUAUAACGUUAACAAAAACCAUUUCCACUUUGCCGAAGUAGUUUUGGAAAAAACCCCUGCUGGAUUUAUCAAUAAGGACGUAACAGUUAAAACUGAGAGGGUGGUUAAGUACAGCACCAAAAGUCAAGAAAUCGCUCUGGUAUUCAGCAUCGUUUUCAUGGGAUUAGUUCUAGGACUCUGCAUCCGGACAGUAAUAAGAAUAAUCAAAACCAAAGUUUGGUACAGGAGCGACCUUUGGCACAUAGUAGAUGUGCUGAUAAUCACCUUGAGUUUAACUUGGUUGGGACUAUAUUUCAAAAGAUUGGAUACACUGCGAGAAUUCGUAAGACGCUUGGAGGAAAACCCGAGCAAUAAUUUUGUCGACUACUUCCCUAUACUUGGCGUUGAGUCGUGGAUGCGAAUACUGGCUGCUGUCUUGAUAUGCAUAGCUACAAUCAGAAUCUGGAGAAUCGUUAGAUUCGGCGUGAUAUUUCGUACAGUUGAGAGAACACUGAUGCUCUCUACCCGUUCUCUGUGCAUCAUGCUUAUGUACUAUAUAAUCUUCCUCGUUGCCUUCGGCGUAACCAUGUUCGUUUUAUUAGGUUCAAAGGUGGGAAAGUUUCGGAAUGAAUACUACCUUCUGAAGUCACUCGUGUUGAUAUCGUUAGGUUUCGAUGAAAUCGAAAAUGACGAAGUAUCGCUCAACGAAAGGGGAUUGGGCUAUGUAUUCUCCGUCCUGUAUUCAGUCUUCUCCCAGUUUCUCACAACUUUAUUCAUAGCGGUUAUCCUGGUUGGAUACAUGGAGGCACGUAUAUUCGCGUUUGAAGAAAAACUAGAAUACAACCUCAAGGAUUACACGAUAGAGAGAUACGACUUGUUGAAGAGAAUGGGGCGUAUACUUGCCCAAAAAUUUCGCCUGACGGCUGGCGCACAACAGGCGAUGCGAGAAGAAACAGUGACGCCCAAGGACGAUGUGCUAAGGUACAAGAACUGCGUGCAAACCGACUCGAUCAGAAUGAAAGCUAUGGCUAGCGUCGCGAAAUGUGUGCUUCUGAAACGGCAGAAGGGUCUCAGGGUGGACGAAUCGGAUCACAGGUUGAUGAUGAGGACCGUGAGGAAUCUGUGCAAUAAAGAAGAGGGCCAGAAACAGUUGUUUUUCAUGGAAGGCACGCCAGAUUCCGGGUUCACCAUGAUCGACAAUAGGAGACUCUUGAUGAUGGAGAGGCUCGUGAAUGGUAUUCUUGAAACUCCGGAAAGUAAAGCUAGAAGGAUGGACAUGGUUAAUCAGGAGGAAGCUCUACUAGCGGAUAAUCUAGCGAGAAUGAUGAAGAUGAAUUAUGAGUUAAAGUUGAUACGUGACGUUGUUAAGAAUAUUGAAGUGACCCAAAAAGUAGAUUGAUAUUCGAUAAGAAUAAACGUUGUUACUUGUUUUCGCUCAUGUUAUUAUGAUGACAAAGAUUCAAUUUAAAAGUCUUUUAUCCAAAAUCUUCUUAUAAUUGAAGUUUUAUCCACACUUGGGAAUCGUAUAAAAUACCACUUUAUCCACUUGUCAAAUUACUUUUUUCUACUACAGUACCUAUUUUCAUUUUAGUGUGAUUUAUUUCCUGCUC